UCUCUUUAUUUUCUUCUUGUAAGAAACAUGAAGCAGAGAUAUUCAGGUACAAAUACACAAGAGAAGCGCAUUGUAAAAAAACUGAUAUUCAGAGAAACGGUGCUGAAGAAAUAUAAGAUAGGUUCAUAUGCUGCAAAGGAAACUGGAAUAACAGAAACAAGGAUACGACAGAGAGAAAAACCAUACCGCCGAAUUAAAUGUGCUCUGAAAACAAAGAUUACUGCCUUCUUUGAAAGGGAUGACAACACAAGGAUUAAAGCUGGGAAACGAUGUACAAAAACGAGACAGAAAAUAAAAAAACAAAUUCGACUUCUGAAUGAUUCCUUGAAAAAUUUGCAUCAGAAAUUCAUUUUUGAAAGUAAAUCUAAAAUAAGCUACAGUCUAUUUGCGAAAAUGAAGCCUUUUUGGAUCAUUCAAGCAUCUGAAAAAGACCGUCAAACCUGUUUGUGCAAAGUGCAUGAAAAUCCGACCCUUAAAGUAAACAAGCUGUACAGUGAAAAUGUACUACAGCAUAAAGAUCUUGCAAAACUUAUCCAAGAUAUAACAUGCGAUAUGAAAAACAAAGCUUGUAUGUACAGAGAAUGUUCUCGAUGCAAAGAUCUACAUAUUAAAUCUGCCAUCGGAAGUGACGGUAUAAACCCAGGUAAAAUAGUGAACUGGAAAAUAUGGAAGUCAAGAAGAAUAGAAAAAGAAAAAUGCAGUAAUGGAGAAACUGUACUUUCAAAGCAUAAUGUUACACUUAAAGAAAAUGAAUCUGGGACACUGACAACACUUGUUGAUGACCUCCAAUUGGACAUAGAAAGGCUAGCAAGACACCAAUUUAAUAUCAACCAUCAAUUUAUCAUGCUGAAAAAACUUAAAGAGACAUGCAAAGAAAAUGAACUUAUUUUACAUGUCGAUUUUUCUGAAAACUAUCAAUGUAAAUAUCAAGAAGAAAUUCAAAGUGUCCAUUUCGGGCUUUCUAAAAAACAAAUCUCGAUACACACAGGCGUUGCAUAUGUGCAUGAUACAACACUUCCAUUUGUCACAAUAUCUGACAAUCUUAGCCAUGGUCCAGCUGCCAUUUGGGCUCACUUAGAACCGCCAAUUAAGUUUAUCAAAGAGAAGUAUCCUUUGAUCAAUAAACUACAUGUCAUAUCAGAUGGACCAACUACGCAACAUCGCUGUAGAGCAAAUUUCUAUCUAUUUUCAACAAAACCAAAAGAACUUUAUAUCCCUGAAGGUGGUUCGUGGAACUUCAUGGAGGCAGGGCACGGAAAGGGUGCUCCUGAUGGGAUAGGAGCGGUAGUUAAAAGAGCGGCUGAUACUCUGGUAAAUACGUACAGACGAGACAUCACAUGCUCUGCCGAUCUUAUUGAAGGACUGUUGAUGUUGAAAACAAGUGUUUCGGCUUUUGAAGUAAAAGAUGAAGACAUAACAAAUAUAGAGCGCAAGAUUCCUUCUACUAUUAUUUCUGUUCGAGAUACAAUGAAAAUCCACCAGGUUGUCAUUAAAGAUACUGGUUGUAUAGCAUCAAGACCACUGAGUUGUUUCUGUCGGGAUAAUUGUACUUGUUUUGACCCAGUAACAACAACAUUCUGUCUCCAGAACCCUGAUAAUACAGCGCAUCCACAGAACAAUGAAGAUAAUUCACCGGUACAGGAGAACAUACUUCAACUGCCAGCAUCAUUUGAUGAGUCGCUAGUUGACAGAUAUUGUGUUGUCAGUUAUGACAGUUGCCCAUAUCCUGGAAAGAUACUGGAUGUUGAUGAUACAAGUUUGGAGGUGCCUGCUAUACACCGGAUUGGCACCAAUCGUUUUUUCUGGCCAAUGGUUCCUGAUGUUAUUUGGUAUGGCCACAACAAGAUGGUUACUAUGCUGGAGGGCGAACCAGAACUUGUUACAAGUAGACACCGUGCGAUAGACAAAAGAGUCUGGGAUGCAAUUGUGCUUAAAAUGAACUUAUAAGUCAAGAUUUCUGGAAACUAAAACUAAAAGAAAGUUGAUGUGUGAAUGACCGUUUAUAACGUUUAAAAAUUGAUGAAUUGUUUUGUUCAUGAUUUAAUAAGUUAAUAAAACAUAGUGAGUUUUAAAGUAGUUAUAUUUUUUUACAUUUUAAACAUAUAUACAAAUCAAAUAACUAGUUUCCUCAUUGAUUUUAUUUCUUUAUUUCUGAUGCCAUAUUUUUGUCAUUUCCGAAACAUUGAUGUCACUUCCACAACAUCAUUGUUUUUGGUUAUUUUUCACAAAUUAGUCAAAGAUGUCUUCAGAAAACUAAGCUAUUUAACUCUUAAGUAUCAGGGAACUUAAGGAUUUUAUUUUAAGUCCAUAGUAGCGAAAUUUGUAAAUACAAACUAAUUAUCUAACUGUUUAAAGUUGCGGUAAUGACACAACAUGAAAACCUUGUUGUAAAUAUAUAACUAUAUGGGUUAUGAAUAAAGAAAGUGAUUAUUGUAAUACUUAAUGUAGUUGUUUUAAAUAUGAUCCUUAUUGUUCGGCAUUUAUAUCUAAAUAUUUCUACACAAAUCGGUUUUAAA